UAAAGUUUCACUUCAGUUUUAUUCAUUCCUCUGUAGAAAAUGAACACUAAUAUUUUAAUUAUUCUAACUCUUUUUGUUACAACGAAUGCCUUCAAGAUUCCUCGACACACUCACUUAAAUGCAUUAGCAGAAGGCAACUUCUUAGCCAAUGGUUCACGUAUCGUGGGUGGAGCGAAUACAGUUAUUUCGAAAUACCCCCAUCAAAUAAGUAUACAAGAACACGGAUUUCACUUUUGUGGAGGAAGCAUCAUAUCCGAUGAGUGGAUAAUUACUGCCGGGCAUUGUGUUGUCCAGUCUGAGAACAAGACCUUAACAAUACGGAGUGGUUCGACUCUUACAUCAGAGGGCGGUAUUAUUGACAAUGUAACAGAAAUAAUUAUUCAUGAAGAGUACUAUGUGGAUGAAUUUGGAGCAGCUCAUAAUGACGUAGCACUGAUUCGAGUAACUUUUCUUAAUUUGAACGGAAGAACCAGGCGGGCAAUUAAACUGAAUGAUGUUGGAGAGACGGUACGUCCAGGUACUAGGGCAGACGUCACCGGAUGGGGAAUCAUAAAAGAGGGUCAAGAAGAUGUACCUUGGGUUCUGCAAAAGGUCAAAGUGCCAAUACUAUCGUCUACAAGAUGCAAAGAUUUGUUAGGCUCCAUUGUGCAGAAGGGGGAAAUAUGUGCUGGAUACGAAGAAGGAGGUCGUAGUUCAUGCCAAGCCUCUUGGAUCCCUUACAUCCCCAACAUCAAUGCACUAUCAGGAAAGAAUAUCUUAAUCACUGAUUCACUUAUUGUAGGAAGAUUGAAUGGAAGUAUUACCGAAUUUCCUCAGAAAGCACUUGUUCCAUAUAAUAGCGAAAAUCAUCAUGGAGGCAGAAUUAUCUCAAAAAAAUGAUUACUUACCGCUGCUCAUUGGGUCUGUGAAUCUCCACUAAGAAACAUUACAGUACGAAGUCGUCUCAGUUUUGCAACUAUGAUGGUACCGUUCACGAAGUGAUUAAUAUUAUUUUUCAUGAAUGGUUCAAUCCUUAUUAAGGAUUAGCUCUAGCUAAGAUAGCUCUUCUACAAAUAAAGCUACAAUUCAAGUUGAAUAAAAAAACUCGACGGCCAAUUAAGAUGAUUAAAUUGGAUCAGAAGAUAAAGCCAGGAACCAUGGCUAAUAUCUCUAGCUAGGGAAAUACAAAUAAAACUUAUGUUUUGGCUAAUGUUUUGCAGAAACCUGAGGUUUCUAUAAUAUCAACUGAUGAAGACAUAACGUAUUUGGUUGCUGUAGGAAUAAGCGAAAUAUAUGCUGGAUAACUAGAGGGUGGUCGUAGUGUUAGUCACGGUGAUUAAAGUCAUCUAUUUUCUGUAUAAAAUUGUUGGUUGGAAUUGUUUCUCGGUCAUCCGAAUGCUCUUAACCUAUGUCUCGUGGAGUCAACACUAUAAUCCUUAUUGUCAUAACUAGAUAAAAACAUAGCGACGAUAUAAUAUGCAUCAUGUAAAAACAAUACAAUAUUUUAACAGACAUAGAAUAAAUCUUUUCUAAUAGUUUAUUAAGAAAAUAAAAAUUCUUUGUUAGAAAAUUCC